GGCCCCACCCACCGCCGGAGACUUCCAAGGACUGCACUUUUCUCGGGGCUUCCUUUAAGGAAAGUGGAGUCACUCCGGAGUACCGUAUAUAAGGGCUGAGCUGGAAGCCGGGAGGGUCGCGCUUUGUGGAUUUCAGUUUGUGAUUGAGUUGCCUCGAACCUCAGCAUGGCUUCCACUGACGAUGCUGCCGCCGCCUCAGCUGCUUCAACAGCAGAACAAGAUCCAAAAGGUGUAACGGAAAGGGUCGCUAACCUACCGCUGGUCAGCUCUGCCUACGACAUGGUCUCCUCGGCUUAUGCCUCUACUAAAGAGAGCCACCCUUACGUGAAAUUGGUCUGUGAUGCGGCAGAGUCAGGGGUGAAAACCAUUGCUGCAGCUGCUGUCAGUGGGGCCCAGCCCAUCCUGAAUAAGCUGGAGCCACAGAUCUCAAGUGCCAACGAAUAUGUGAGCAGGGGCCUGGAUAAACUGGAGGAGAAGCUGCCAAUCCUUCAACAGCCGACUGAUAAGAUCUUUUCAGAUACCAAAGAGCUGGUGACUUCCACAGUGUCAGGGGCCAAAGAUGCCCUCAGCAACACUGUCACGGGGGCCAGGGAUGCAGUCACCAGCACAGUGACUGGAGUGGUUGAUAAGACCAAGGAGGCGGUUCAAGGGGGUGUGGAAAUGACCAGAUCAGCAGUGGCCACAAGUGUCAACACGGUGGGCCAAAUGAUGGCCAGCGGUGUGGACACCGUGUUGGGGAAGUCUGAAGACCUGAUUGAACACUACCUUCCAAUAACGGAGCAGGAACUGGCUCAACUGGCCACCUCCAUGGAAGGGUUUGACAUGGCCUCCGUGGAGCAGCAGAAAGAGCAGCAGAGCUAUUUUGUCCGCCUGGGGUCUCUCUCAUGCAAAGUCCGCCACCGGGCCUACCAGCACUCCCUGGGCAAGCUGAGGAAUGCCAGGCAGGGCACUCAAGAUGUCCUUUCUCAGCUCUCCCAGACAAUUGAACUGAUCGAGCACAUCAAACAAGGGGUUGACCAGACAGUUCAGAGUGCCCAAGAGAAACUGCACCAGAUGUGGCUGGAGUGGAAUCCGAAGUCGUUGCCUGAGGCCAGCCAGAAAGAUGUUCCUCAGCCAGAGCAGAUUGAGUCUCUAGCUUUAGAGGUUUCCCAUGGCAUCGCUCAGCAGCUACACUCUUCCACUGCAGCUCUGGUCUCCAACCUCCAAGGCCUCCCUGAAGGCAUCCAGGAGAAAGUGAACCUCGUCCGUCAAAAUGUCGACGAACUCCGGACAUCGUUCUUAUCUGCCAAAUCCUUCCAGGACUUGACUGCCUCCAUCUUGGCCCAGAGCAGGGAGAGGGUCACCCAGGCCCGAGAGCUGACAGAUGAGUUGCUGGAGCAUGUUACCCAUAAUACCCCUCUCUCUUGGCUGGUGGGGCCCUUCACCCCAUCUGGCAAGCUGGAAAGGGAGGAAAUAGAAAUGCAGUAGAACUUGGAAAGUUUUCUUGUGGGCUGGUCGAAAUCUAGGCUGUCCUGAGUAUUGCCUUGCGCAUGGAAUGACCUGUUGGCCCAAACUGGAAAUUGAACUAAGUCCCCUUCUUCACCUUGGAGCACUAGUCUAAAAAUAUAGCAGAAAAUGCUGUGGGAAGGAAGGCCUGGGAGUGUCGUGGCAGUAGAAAUCAGAGCCACGGCCUCCUACAUGAGGCAGGCUUCGGUCUGCAGGCUUUGGCAGCCGUUUGGCUGUCCUUAGCACAAGCAAAAUGUACUAGCUGUCUGUCCUGCUGUGGCAAUUGUUGGCCAAUUAAAAAUUAGGCUUGAUAUUUAGGGUGCUGAAAUCUUGUUCUUCUUCCCUCUCCCCUUCCAAAAUGCAAGCAAACUGUUUUUCAAGACGGUAAAGGAAACUUGCAAUGCUUUGGGGGAUUGUUCCAGCCGGGGCUUUUUGUGUAGAGCAGCAGGAGCUUAUUUGCAUAUUAGGCCACACCCCGUGACACCACCAUUGUUUAACACAGGACUCUUUUUUAAAAGAAAAGGCCCAGUAGGAACUCAUUUGCAUAUUAGGCCACACCUGCUGGUGUCAAGCCAGCUGGAAUUGCAUUCCUGUGCGUUCUUGCUCAAAAAAAGCCCUAGUUCUAGCACUUUGGUAGGGAAAAGUCCCCUGGAAAACUUUUUGUGCAGGAGUGUUCUUGCUUGCAAACACUCCUGGUGAUGAAAUUGAAGAAUUAGGCACAAAUGUUGAAUGUAAUGAAUAAACACUAGAGAAAAAUACAAAGUGUCUUUUCUCCUCUUGCAUAAAGGCCUCUUUCUGUAGUGAAGCAGUAAUGUGAAAUGGAAUAUCUACAAGGUGACUUUUAAACCAUUUGACCCUCAAGUUUCUUGGCUGAGGGUUCUAGAUUCCUGAAUUCUAAAGCUACUAGUAAAAAGCGGAGGGGUCGGGAGGACUAAAUGAGCUAUUUUUUCCUCUAACUGGAAAAGGAAUAUUUUCUGAAACAUGUUCGUAGCUGUAAGUUUAAGUCUGUAGGUUAAGGAAAGUUCUGCUUUCCCAAGGCUAUUUCCUUGCCCCACGCUGAUUAUGUAACCCAUAUGUGUGCCUUGAUUUAAUCAAUAAAAGUUAUCCCAAUA